AAACCCCCUCCUCCAGACUCUCCCCCAUCUUUAUAUCCCCUCUCCUGUCUCGCUACCUCUUUCAUAACCUCUGCAGUGAGUGUCAGGGAAAGAUGGAGCGAUCUCUGCUUGCGUCUCUUCUGUGUGUGUGGGCCCUCAGCAGCCUGUCUGCAGCAUCAGUGGAUGUGAUAGAACAGUGUCCAGAGAGAAUACUUGGUAAUGAGAGAAGACAAACAUGCCCAAAAAAAUGUCAGCAAGACAAAGAGUGUGGCAACAAACGUCAGUGCCUCUGUGACGGCCAGUGUGGACUCAGCUGUGUUGCCCCAGGUCGUAUGUGUCCAUGGCCUCUCCCACCUGGAAACAAUUUUGAUGUAGCUCUCCUUUCCCCUUCACCUUCUUUCUCCGCUCUGCUUGAAGUUCGCUGUAAGCCUGGGUUCACCAUGCAUAACGGACUGGACACUACAAUACGCCGUUGCCAAGGUGACCGGCAGUGGAGUGGCGAUGAACCUGUUUGUACAGCCUCCUCAGGAGGAGGUCUUGCAGCAGAGCCGGUUCUGGUGCCUGAGGUGUCCUGUUCUUUGCCUGAUGAUGAUGAUCUGCUCUCUGUGCAGGGCAGUGCUUCCGUGGGAUCCACCAUCCGUUACCACUGUUCAUCUGGAUCUGUGCUGAUUGGAAAUAGUGAGAAUAUCUGUCAAGAGAGCCAGACGUGGCAAUACCCUCACCCCAUCUGUCGCCGUGUGGUUUGUCCUCCUCCUAAGGAGGUUGAACGUGGACAUCUGGUGGCCGUCCAGAGAACUGAAUAUGAAGUUGGUGAAACAAUCUACUACCUUUGCAAAAAGAGCUUCUUGUUGGAUGGACCAAAUCAAGUGACUUGUCUACCUAAUGGGACAUGGAGUGCAGAGCCUGCUUGCCGGGCCCGCUGUCCAGUCCCAGCUCAACGCAGCAGGGUGAUCGUGGGAGGAGAAAAGCGUUGGCCAUAUGAUCUGACGGAUGGUGUGGUUGCUCAUGGGGAGAAUGUGACAUUUUUCUGUAAACAUCCAGAAAAACUGUGCAGCUUCACUGCCACGGAGGUCUGCGUGGAUGGACAGCUCAAGCAACCUAGCUGCUAUCUUGACCCAACCUGGCUGCAGUUCAAGCUCUUUCCUCAUCGUCUGGUUUCAGAGAUCGAUGCAUGUGAUCCUGAUGACCUUCAGUGAGCUCAUCAAAUUUUGACAACACAUUUUGCAUGUUGGCACACAAAGCUCUGUCUUCACUCUGACACCAUGAUCCGGAGUCUGGAUAAACAUAAAUUGCCUUAUUAAUAUGCCAACUAAAUUUGUUUUGGACCGGAUCUCAAUAGGAUCUCAGUUACGCCUCAUUUAACUCUUAUCUUUUACAUUUUGUUGCUGCAUUGACAAAGUUACCUUAAACAGAAUUUGUGUCAUAUCUGAUGCAUCUAAACACCCUCAUACUUGCUUGAGGUCUUGGUUGCCAUAAGCUACUCUCUUUUCUUGUGUUUUAUUGUCGUACAAAGUGUAAAACUGAUUUUUGAGGUACCAUUGGUGUUUAUCUUGUUAUAUUAUUUUAUUUCUUGUUAAAAAGUGAUUUAUGCUAACUGAUCAAGCCCACAAUUAAGAAUGCACAGGCUAAAGAUGAACUCUGAAAUCAUGUCAUGUUCUGAUGCACUCUAGUUUUAUUGUAUUCCAAAAGCAGUUUUAUGAUAUGUUUAGAGUUAACUGAGCUUUGACUGGACUGCUUGAUUGGAUUACAUAAAGAAUAGAGUAGACUCAGGAAUAUUAUAGCAUAAAAGACUUGCUGAAUUAUUGCUUUUUCAUAUGAAUUGGAUUCAUAACUUUACAAUGAAUCAUCUUUGAAUGUAUUUUCCUCUUGUAACAUCAUGAUUCUUCAAUAAAGAAACUGGAAAAUG